AUGUCGGCAACAGUGCCCAAGGGAGGUGAUUUCAUGCAUGGCAUGAGUAUACCCGAAGGAGCUGAUAUUGGUUGGACUGCCUUCGGAGUGCUCCGCUCCAAAAUGGUAUACGGCCCAGACGCCGACGUGUUCCGGCCGGAACGCUGGUUAGAGGCCGAAGAUGAUCAACUCAAAUCCAUGACGGCGCAAUGGGAACUGGUCUUCAAGUACGGCAAGUGGCAGUGUCUGGGGAAGACGGUGGCCCUAUUGGAGAUGAACAAAGUGUUCGUUGAACUCUUGCGGCGAUUCGACUUUGCCCUGACGGACCCUACCAAAUCAUGGAACUCGUUCUCAGCUGGAAUAUUUAUCCAGUCUGGCCUGUGGGUUAGAGUGAGCAGAGUGGAGUAG